AUGCCUUAUGUUAAUAACAUCAAUAUUCGAAGGCAAUCCUCUGCACUCUUUGCCUUCUGCCAACCCUUUCCUUUCAUCCGUUCCCAACGCCCCUUCCCUCUGACCCUCUGCCGCCCACUCCUCCACUCCCGCCACUACCUCACUACAGCCAUCCUCAAGGAAGAAAGCCCAUCGAAAAUCAAGCCUGUAAUCCCCGAAAAUCCCCCCUCCCCUACGCUCCGCCCUUCCCCACAGCUCUCCUCCCUCGGCCCCUUAGACACUUUCCCUCCACAAGCCCAAAAUGGCCUUCUCCUCUCCCUAGUUCCCUUCCUCUGGGGCUCGUAUGGCGUCGCCGCAAAGUACCUUUUCGACACCCCCACUCCCAUGCCGCUCUCCCUUCUCAACCUCACCGCCUUCUCCUUCGCCCUUCUCUCUUUCCUAUUCGUCCGCCGCAUUCAAAUCUCACAGUCCGUCCCCGACUACGACACCUACCGCGCCGGCCUCGAGCUUGGCACCUACUUGUACAUAGGCACUUGGCUUAAUUUGGAGGCCAUCGAGCGCACAUCCGCGUCCAGGGCCGCUUUUUUGGUGCAGUUAACCACCGUCGUGGUCCCGCUUGCAGAGUGGGCCCUGGGGAAGAAGGUCGAGCCUCAAGUUUUUGCGGCCUGUGGCGUCGCCAUGGCUGGCGCGGGCGUACUGGCACAGAGCACUGACGGAAGUGGUGGGGGCAUGUCUCACGCCGUCGUCGGCGCGCUUAACACAGGCGAUUUGAUCGCUGUCGCCGCUGCGGUGUUGUACAGGUUUGUUGUGACAGAUGUCUUUAUGUUUUGGCGCUGUGCGUGUGUAUGGUGGCUGAGACGUGGGAAGAAGCGGAAACUGACAUGGGUGCGGGCCGAUGCUAUAGUUUGCAUGUGUUGCGGCUCGAGCGGCUUUCGAAGAAGACGAUAGGAGCUAGUGCGCUCGUGCAGACGAAGAUCAUUACUCAAGUGGUUUGGUCUGCGUUUGCGGUGGCUUUGGUGAUGGCCCGUGGCGAUACGGAGGUUGGAUCGUACGUGGCCAACUUUCUGGAGAUGCCGACUGCGGAAAUUCUUUCUGCGGUGUGGUGGUCGUUCUGGAUUGGCGCGGCUACCACCGCGUUGGCCACCUGGGCGCAGGUUGUGGGGCAGGAACGGGUUGGACCGUCGCGUGCGGCGAUUUUCUAUGCAUCGCAACCGCUGUUUGCCGCAGGGUUGGCAUGCGCUUUUGGGAUUGACAAGCUUACGCCGCAAGAGAUUUUGGGCGGGGGGCUCAUAGUCGUUGCUGGUGUGCUGCUCGCCGUUGGAGACAGCAGCGAUAAGCGAAAAGCGAACGAUGGGAAUAAUUCUGUGUAGGGUGGUGCCGCUGCUAGCAAAGGGUACCCCUUGCAGCCUGGUUCGCUAGUGCCUAGGUAACAAGUGGCCUCGUAUGACGCCACUUUUCAACAUCGUCGUUUUGCAUCUUCGCAAUAAGCGUCUAAGACGGAAAUGGACUCCACGCAUUACCGAUUGAGUUUCUAACUGCAGCUGCAUCGAGUAUGGUACUCAAUGACUGUUUCGCAUCUCUUCCAAACGUCUCCGUGCAUUAGAGCCCACCAUUCCGCUGUGGGAGACGGCCGCUUUGCUACAUGCAAAACGGGUGGCCACAUUCAAGAGACGUACUGUAACACACGUGUUGGUUUGUAUCAUAAUAAAUUGCGAAACUCAGGGACUCUCUUGACU